GUGUUACUGCAUAAAAACGUUACAGUUUAUGACGACCAAACUAUUUGAGCUCAAAUCCGAGAUAAGUAGAACAUCUCAAAGUAAUUGACUGAGGGGAUAUGAAGUCUAUUUUGCAAAUCACAGUUGCUUUUGCGGUUGUGGUAAGUUGUUUAAUUGAUAUUUAUAUGGUGGCAUGGGUUCGUUGCCUGACUGCAUGCCGACCUAAUAAGUUCACAAUUCUGUCGGCAGUGUCGCUCCAGGAUUUUCAAAUUUAAUAGUUAGAGCUGUGGCGCAGGCUAGAUGUUUUAUUUAUCAAUCUCACAACCAUAAGCAUACGGGACUGUGGAGGGAAGCUUCCCUCAGAAAGUUAAUUGGGCAAAUUUUCAACAUAAAUCAGGAAAAGAAUAUGGGUGACAUAAAUUGAAAAGUAAGAAAAAUCACAGCUAUCUUACCCGGGUGUGUGUGCUUGUGUGACUGGUGGAAAAUGUUUCCUACUCUCCCUACAAAUUUAGGCCCGUACGCGCCUAUGGCUAUGCUCUCAAAACUAACCUCGAUCUGAUCUGUUUGGCAAAUCGACAAUCAUGUGUUUUUGUAUUUGUCACUGCCUUAGCGAUAGUUGAGCAAGAGAUCUUGAUCUGUUUGAAAGGAAUUCACGCUAAAAUUGCAUGUGAGGUUGCAAGGCUUUUGCCGAACUAUCCUGCAUGGUGCGCCGUGCGCAUGGCCGCGUUUCGCUUCCUUACUGAGUAAGCUAUGUAAUUAAUGGCAUCUAUGUAAUGGCAUUACGGUAACCAUUUACUUGAAUUUUUAUGAGUUUUUAGAAGGAUCUAACAACCUGCUAUUCUACCAAACGGUCCAAACACGUGCAAGUUGUUCAUCGCUAGCUAUAUUCAACCCGACAAUUAACUGAUAUUUUCAGUUAGCCGAUAUUUACUUAGGUAACACAUCUUCGAUGCAAAACGACAAUUUUGAAAGUAAUAUAGUCUAUAGCCACUGUCAUUCGACCGUUUCGACCUUAGUACGGCAAAACUGAUACAGAGUCUAUACAUAGAUGAGUAUAUCGAUUCGAUCACAAUUUUAAAAUUAGCUCAAAUUUUAUUCAAAUUCCAUGUUCUCCAUGCUCUCCGUGCCAAAUCACCCAACGAUCACCAGUAUGUAGUUACUAUAUAUAACGGGUUUAAAAAAGGCAGAGGCGUUUACGGUUCCCAAGGUUUUUACAGGCUGGUAAUUGUCAAAAGGGAGGGGCUCGCAUUUUAUGGGUAUAUAUAGCCCGCGUUUUAAAUUAAAUGCCUCUGCGGAGGAGGUAUAUCUUUUCAGGCGCCCUAUAUAGACAAUACACGAAGCGAAAUUAUCCUGUUUCGUUUCUUCGACCCACUAUGUGACAUAGUUAUAUAGAAAGAUGAAUAUUUAUUAAGUACUUAUUUGUUGUAUUUUGUUUCACUAGGCGCUGGGUGAAAGCUUUUUGCCGCCCAAGACAACACAACCAGGUAAUACUUGGAACAUGCAAAACUUAUGUAUACGCCUUACACAUAAGACUAAGUCAGAUACAAAGUAUAAGCAUAGCCUAUAGGAUCGACUUUUAUCAUUUAUUAUUCCAUAUCAAGCCCUAUAUUAUCGCCACUCCUUUUGGACAAAUGCGAAAAUCAUGAAGAAGUUCUUCGCAUUUGUCCAAAAGGAGUGGCAUGUAGUAAAACAUGGACUGGACUCAUUAGUAAAACAUGCAUGACUGGACUCGAUUAGUAAAACAUGGACUCGAUUAGUAAAACAUGGACUCGAUUAGUAAAACAUGGACUCGAUUAGUAAAGCAUGGACUCGAUUAGUAAAACAUGGACUCGAUUAGUAAAACAUGGACUCGAUUAGUAAAACAUGGACUCGAUUAGUAAAGCAUGGACUCGAUUAGUAAAGCAUGGACUCGAUUAGUAAAACAUGGACUCGAUUAGUAAAACAUGGACUCGAUUAGUAAAACAUGGACUCGAUUAGUAAAACAUGGACUCGAUUAGUAAAGCAUGGACUCGAUUAGUAAAACAUGGACUCGAUUAGUAAAACAUAGACUCGAUUAGUCGGUUAUAUCAAGGGCGUUUAAAUUGGCUUAAACUUUAAAGGGUGUAUAGGCAAAAAAUUAAAAACAUUCCUAUUCUCAAUAUACAUAUAUUGUAAGUACUUUUUUUUAUCAACUAAAUGAGUAGUUUUAUGUAUUGUUAUUAUGUUUAGACAGAAAAGAAAAGUUUAGUCUGCUUGUACAUGUAGUCAAUAGUUCAUAGAUUUGUUUAAUGUUUUGACUUAUACAACCGACCCAUGCAGAUCUAUUUAUCGGCCGUUGUUCGCACGCAAACAAAUAUGCAUGUAAAUGCUUCAUAUUUAACUACCGUAAACCUCCGACUAUAAGCCCCCUCGAAUAUAAGCCCCCCCCCCCGUGUAUAAGUCCACCACAUGCACUAACGUUCACCUCAUUCCAAAUAUAAGCCCCCCCCCAAUAUAAGCCCAGUAAACGCUGCUUAAUACACGUUUAUUUCCCUGUUUAUGACUGACUUGUUUAUGUCUGACUUGUUUAUUACUAACACAAAAGAUCGUCCAUGUAUAAGCCCACCCGUAUAUUGAAUCGAAUCUUAUUUGCCCAUAUGAAAAAGUUAAUAUAAGCCCCCCCCCCCUUGUAUAAGCCCAUCAUUAGUAUUGCAGGAAACAUGCCGAUUGUCGGAGAAUCUUGUUAUCGAGUAUACAGCUAUUUCAAUUAUAAAGGUUGUCCACGAGCAAAUCGGAAAAGUCGAAUACGAGCGCGAAAGGCUGUUGGGAAUCGCUACAAAUUAAUGAAUUUUCAAAGCGGUUCCCAGCAGCCUUUACUGGCUUUAGCUUUCGCGCUCGUAUUCGACUUUUUCGCUUUGCUCGUUGACAACCUUAAUUGAAAUAGCUGUAUAUUUAUAAAGAAUAUAGUGCACACAACGAAACCACGUCCAAAUGACGUUUCUCCUGGGAUAAAUCGAUGUGGACGUGUUAAUAAAAUAGCAAAGGUGUUUCUGUUUACAUAAAAAUCAAGAAAUCAUCUAUAAUAUACAUCAUCACAAGAAAUCAUCUAUCUAUAUACUCAAUAUAGCAUUACCUAGCUGUCGGUAAAUAAUUUGGUAUUUAUUCCACAUUUACUUACAAUGGCCGAUGCUUCUUGAAACUUUACGUUAAAUAUCGAUGAGAUCUCUUAUACACAAAAGUUGAUGUUAUUAAAAUUACAAUUUACAAAAAAAAAACAGACAAGGAACUACAUUUAGGAAUGUUUUACUAAUCGAGUCCAUGUUUUACUAAUCGAGUCCAUGUUUUACUAAUCGGGUCCAUGCAUGUUUUACUAAUCUGGUCAUGUUUUACUAAUCGAGUCCAUGUUUUACUAAUCGAGUCCAUGUUUUACUAAUCGAGUCCAUGUUUUACUAAUCGAGUCCAUGUUUUACUAAUCGAGUCCAUGCAUGUUUUACUAAUCGAGUCCAUGUUUUACUAAUCGGGUCCAUGUUUCACUAAUGAGUCCAGUCCAUGUUUUACUAAUCGAGUCCAUGUUUUACUAAUCGAGUCCAUGUUUUACUAAUCGAGUCCCAAUCUCGUACCCAGAGCCAUCGUUAAAUUGAUCGAGUCCAUGUUUUACUAAUCGGGUCCAUGUUUUACUAAUCGAGUCCAGUCCAUGUUUUACUAAUCGGGUCCAGUCCAUGUUUUACUACAUGCCGUUUUUCGCAGUUUUUUUAGUCACCCCAACUAAAUAAUAUCGCUCUUCAGGUGUUUAUCAUGCAUAUGUACGUAACCCCCUUGUUCUCGUGGACACUGAUUUCCAUGUCCUUGUAUAAAAUGUGAUUUUAUAUAAUUUACUAAUCAAUGUAGUGAACCCGUGUUCAAAGGUAUUAUGCAUGGCUGGAACAAAAUGCGUUGUACAAAAUGGAAAGCCACGUUGUGUUCAAGGUUAGUAUUGAUAGAAUUUAAGCCCUGGUCGAACGAAGAUAACAGUUGCAUGAUGAGAGUUGGCAGGUACGCAUUAGGGCCAU